AUGCCUCAGAAUAAGGAAGUUGAAGAAACUAAGAAGUUGAAUGAAACACUUAAAGGUCGUCCUGCAGACAGUCCUGAUGGCUAUAAGAAAAACUUGGACAAGAUUUUGGAAGAAGUAAGGAAACAGACUCAAAGUUUUGCAGGGAAAUGCAAUGAUCCCGAGCAUAAAAAGAUCAACCCAUCCGAGAUAAAAAGCUUACAGGAAAAAAAGAAAAAACUAGAGGAAGAAAUUAAAACACUUCAAAUGGAAAAUCAAAAUCUCCAAAAGGACAAAGAAGAAAAGGAAAAAGAGCUAAACAUCAGCCAGAAAGAAUGCAUAGUUCUGCAGAAUAAGGAGAUGGCCAUGAUCGCGGAGAUUGCUGCCUACAAGACUCUGCUGGAAGUUGAGGAGGAUAGAAUCAAGUCAACUGUGGAGGAUGUUCCCCCCACUCCUGGAGGACCAAAUAGCACCCCAAAGAACAGCAAUCCUAAAUCUCCCCUCACACCGCAACCAGGAAUGAUCUUCACUGCUAAGCUGCUGAGGGAGAAACCUGCUCUGGAGGAGCAGCUGAGGAGAAAGGAGGAGGAGUAG